AUGAAUCCUGCGUGCCCCUUGGGGCUGCUGAUUGUGUCUCUGCUGGGGACUGCACUGGGAGGUUUUGCCACGCUGCCAGACGGCAACAGCCUGGAGGUGUGCUUCCUGCCCCCAGAGGAAGGGCCCUGUCGAGCCCGCCUCCCCAGUUACUACUAUGACAAGACGACCCAGAGCUGCCAGCAGUUCUGGUACGGGGGCUGCCAUGGCAAUGCCAACAAUUUCAUACUGGAGGAGGACUGUAAACAAGCCUGCGGGUGGAUAGAGAAAGUUCCCCCAAAUUGCCUGCUGGAAGUCAGUGAGAAACCAUGUAAAAAUGCCACAAAGCAAUAUUAUUUCAACCUCAAAUCCAUGACAUGUGAACAAGUCAAGUCUGGUAACUGCCUCGGCAAUGAGAACAGCUUCCCAGACAAAGCUGCAUGUAUGAGACUCUGCGUAUCAAGGAGAACCUUGACGAAGGAAAGGAAGAAGUCCCAAAGGGCUUUCUCUGUAAAUAGAAACCUGAGAACUCAGAAUACACAAUUUUAACUAUUAUUCC